ACGGCCCGCGACCGCGCCGUCCUGCGCAGCAUCCUGCAGCCGUGCGGCCCUUCCGCGGAGCUGCCCGCCGCGCCGGAGAGCGAGGAGCCCGCCAGCGCGCAGGACGCAGACGGAGCCUUUGCCCCAGAGCUGCUGGAAGAGGUCGUGAAGCUGGAGGUUGAGGGCGUUGCCGCGGCGGAAGCAGGAGACCUGCAAGGGGCCCUGGAGAGCUUUGGCCGGGCCAUCCAGCUGCUCCCUGCACGGGCCUCUGCCUACAACAACCGGGCGCAAGCCCUCCGCCUCCAGGGCGAUGUGGCAGGUGCCCUGGAGGACUUGGACGUGGUGCUGAAGUUGAGCAAGGGCACCGGCCAUGUGGCAUGCCAGGGCCUCGUGCAGCGCGGGCUGAUCCAGCGGCUGCAAGGGCGGGACGAGGAGGCGCGGAGGGAUUUCGAGCAGGCGGCCCGCCUGGGCAGCUCCUUUGCCCGCCAGCAGCUGGUCCUCCUGAACCCCUACGCAGCCCUCUGCAACCAGAUGCUGUCGGAAGUGAUGAAGAAGCUGCUUGGCCCGGCCGAGGGGCCUCAUCCAGAGCGCAGUGAGCGGUGCUGAGCCAGCCGCCAGGCAAGCCAUGGAGCGGCGCUUCCGCCUGUCGUGGCCUCGGCAGGGAGGGCGGCUCAGUCCAUCUCCCUCGGGCUCCCUGGAGCAGAAUAAAUGGUUCCAGUGCAAA